UCCCCGCUGCAAGCGCCCAUAGGCUGCGGGCUGGGCCGGGUCCCUGUCUCGGGGCUGCGCCCCUGGGUGUUUGCGCCGCGCCAGGGUCCAGCUCCGGCUCCGGCUCCGGCUCUGCCCGGCCUCGGGUCUCAGGAUGUCUUCCUGCCUGUCUUCUACCCAAAGCCUCACAAUACCUCUCUGGAACAGAAGGUGAUUUUAGAAGAGCCCUCGCCGUCUAUAUAGACCGUAUGAGACCAUUCAGAAAGUCAAUGCAAUUGUUCUAGAUCAGCCGGGAGAGGAGCUGAAGCCAUGGAGGAUUGUGUAGCUGACUCUGCCACAGCUGUGUAAAGCUGGUUCUUGCUGCUGGUGAGAGGAGUCCAAGUUGAUGAGAGUCCAGCACCCGCCACUGCCUCACUGAGAGGAGAGAUGAGGGAGAGAGAGGAAGCAGAUCCCUCUGAGCAGCCUCUUAAUGGCUCCAGAGACUUGAAGAGCAGAGGAGAACCAGAUAACCCAGCUAACAGCACCUUCAAGAAAGCUGCUGUAUCUGAAAGUCGAGGUGUGUUCAUUGCCAUAGUUGUAGUCUUGGUGGUGAUCAUCAUUGCUUUAGCAGCAGCUUUGGGAGUGGAAAAAUCUAAGCAGCCGCCUCCUUGCCCCGCUGUUGCCUGCUGGUGCCCAGACGGCUGGUUCAGGAACCAAGGGAUAUACUACUAUUUUUCAAAGUCCGAAGGGAACUGGACCUACAGCCAGAGCUUCUGCUCUUCACACGCUGCCUCCCUGGCUGUGAUUGAGAGUCUGCAGGAACUGGAUUCCCUGCUGCCAUACAAAGGCAAACUGGACCACUGGAUCGGCCUCUGGAAGGACACAGACCAGGUCUGGAAAUGGGCCAAUGGGACCAAGUUUGACCAUUGGUUUCAAAUACAAGGAGGAGCAGAUUGUGCGUACCUGGAUGAAGAACUCACAGUCAUCAGCUCCAGCUGCAGCACAUCAAGAAAAUGGAUCUGCAGUAAAUCGGGUACCCGUACGAAGGAAGAGGAGCAUGUAGUGGGAGGGGACUCAUGAACUCAAGGGGAGCGGAGAUCAGACAUGGCAAAGCCUGGUUCUGGUCCCCCUCAUGACCCUAUGUGAUACAGCCUAUUUACUUGUUGUGAUGUUCCCCUCUGGUGUUGUCUGGACCGGUGAUCUGCUAGGCCACUGCAAUCCUUGACUCAGGGAACCAGCCUUACCCUGCUCUGCUGUAAGAACCCUCACUCCUGCGCUGUUCACGCACAGCCUCUGACAUGUAAGCUGUAUCAGACUACUUGCAAGUGAAUGACACAAGCCAAUAUCUCUGUUCCUAGACACAACCCUAGGAACCUCCGGCUUGCAGUGUCGAGUUAUGCCCGAUGGAUGCUACAAACUUAUAUAAGUUUGUCAACUUAAAGAAAUUGAUAUGUACCAGGUUUGUUAUCCUAAGGGGAGCCCCGACACACUUCAAACCAAACGCACUGCUUCAGGUCAAACAGAUUUAUUAACUACAAAGAUAGAUUUUAAGUGAUUAGAAAUCAAAGCAUAACAUGUCAGAUUUGGUCAAAUGAAAUAAAAGAAAAACACCUUCUAAGCUGCUCUUAACCCUUUCAAUGUCCUUAAAACUUAGAUGCAUCUCACCACAGGCUGGCUGGUUACUUUGAUCAGCAGUGGUGCCUGUAGGUGUAAGUGGAAGAGAGUGAGCAUGGCAAAAUGUCUCUCUUCUUUUUAUCGUGUUUUUUCUUCCCUCAUGGCUUUGCGCCCCCUUGAGAGUCAGGUGAGCAUUACCUCAUCGCAGUCCUAGACUGCCCAAAGGAAGGUGGGUGACUCACCCAAGGGUCUAACAGAUUCUUUUGUUGCUGCCUGAGCCAGUGUCCUUUGUUCCUGUGAGGCUGGGAUGGGU